AUGAAGGCAACUUUACUCCGUAUCAUUACGCUUCUGGCAUCUCUAUCCGAGCUGGCCACUGUCCAGGCAAUCACCACCCGAGGAGUAUCCCUCAAUAAACGCGAAGAACCCUGGAAGCCAGAGGUCGGCACACCAUGGCAGAUCAUUCUUUCCGAAGUCAUCACGGUGCCUGAUGAGGGUGCUGAUGAUAUGAGCCCCGACGUUUCUAUUUGGGACAUAGACUUGUUCGAAAACACGCAGGAGACGAUCUCUGCCAUGCAAGAUUCUGGCAAGCGUGUUAUCUGCUACUUCAGCGCCGGGUCUUGGGAGAACUGGCGAAAGGAUAAGAACAGCUUCCCGAAGAAGGAUCUCGGAAAGACGAUGAGUGGUUGGCCAGACGAGAAAUGGGUCAAUAUCAGAAGUACUGCAGUGCGAGCCGUUAUGGCUAAGCGCAUCAAACUGGCCGCUGACAAGGGAUGUGAUGCCAUCGACCCUGACAACAUGGAUGGCUAUCAAAACGACAAUGGUCUAGGCCUGACUCAGAAGGACACGAUUUCAUACGUCAAGUUCCUAUCUGCAGAAGCAGCGAAGUACGGCAUGGUCAUGGGCAUGAAGAACGGCGGGGAUGUCACAAAACAAGUUCUCCCCUACGUGGCCUUUUGCAUCAACGAGUCCUGCAUUCAGUAUCAAGAAUGCGAUCUUUAUGCACCUUACAUCAAGGCCGGGAAGCCAGUGUUCAAUAUUGAGUACCCAGACGGUGCACCAAAGGUGAAGGCUAGCGACAAGAAGAGGAUCUGCGCUACUAAAGGUGAUGCGACAGGCUCUAAAGGGUUCAGCAAGGUUAUUAAGAAAAUGAACCUGGAUAGUUGGGUUAUGUACUGCUAG